UCUUGUGUCUGAACAUGAGACUGGUGGCUCUGGUUGUGGUGUGCGGGCUCAUUGUUGGGCAGGAUGGAGGAAGUGCGGGAGCAGCUCUGCCAGGGUUUGACUCUGCACAGAGGACACGCACAACAGGGUCCAUCCUCUCUGGUCUCAGGAGGAGGACAGCAGGAGAGUUUUUGACAGAGGAUCCCAGCCCCUGUUUGUCCCUCAGAGAGAAUGAAGACCAGCUGCAGCUCCUGUGCAACGACCGCAGGAGCAAAUUCAACUUCAACCCUUUCGGCCUCCGCUUCGGGAAACGCUACAUUUACAGGAGAGCCGUCAAAAGAGCCAGGACAAAUAAGUUCUCACCCUUUUCUGUCUUCUCACGAGAACUGGAGGUGCCUACCUGAGACACACGUGAGGACUUGUGUCUCAGUGGUGAAGAGUCAACGUGAGAAAUGUCUUUCCAUUUGUGUUUGAAAAAGAUCUUUUUCUUCAGAUGAAAUGAUGUUUCUGUGAAUAAAACUUUUG